CCAAUAUCAAGCAGGCCCUGAACGAAGGCCUUGCUUUCAUUUUUCUUUUUUCUUUUUUGUUUUUUUUGCCUGAGAAUUCAGAACCGCCUCUGUCGACAUUACCCGCUGUGUUUUUUUUAGGCACUCUCCAUUAUCAUCCACCUGGAGAAACAGCAAAGUCUUCGGCAAAAUGAUUCUUAAAUUCAGAAAGGGUUGCAUAUUGAGAUGGUUUUGAUUCGACCUGUUCAAUAAUUCAAGCACAAAGGCUCUUGAGUAGAUAAUUUGGUGGAUAAAGACCUGAAAUGGCAUUAGUAGCACACCAACCACAGGGUGUCUAUUUGACAUCUUCAUCAAGGCGUUUUAUACUUAGCAAAAGGAUGCAGUUGAAACGGUGUUUAACAAAGCAUCACAUGAUUGGACGAACUGACUGGCAUGGCCUGUUAAAGCGAAAUAUUUCUUCAAGAGGAUAUUUUAUUCAUAUUUCUGCUCCAGGAGGGUUUUUGUAUAUUGUUGGAUCUCCUCUUAUUAGAGGAUCCACGCAUAAACCAUUGAGAAUUGCAGCUUUUAAAGGCAAUGCACAAAAUGAUGAAUCGAUAACAAUAGCUAAUGGAUUGAAGGUUCCUAAGACCUCUGUUGGACUGGAAGAGAGUGGUGAGGCCAAAUCAGAAUCUCCUAAGGUCCACAAUGUUCCUCUUUCUUACGCUUCUAAAGAAAAUGACAGCCUUGCAACAUCACCAGCUAUUCAUAAACUUUUCAAGAAAUGGUUGACAAUGUUGCGCACACAAUCAUCAACUCAAGAAGCAGAGAAAAUUAUGGAAGAACCACCUCUUGGGGUUUCACAAGAAACAUUACAAGAGCCUCAAAACCAGAAAAGAGGUGAGGUUUUGAAGGUGGCAUGGUCUCAUUUUGUGGCCCUUGAUGCAACAAUAAAGAUUCCUUUACUAAUAUUUGUUCCUUUCUACCUGGCCGUUAAUGUCAUACAUGGUGCUGAAAUUUCAAGGGAAUUGACCCCUUUGUGGGUUUUGGGGCCCCUCAUUGUGGCUUUCUACAUCACAAUACUUCGAAAAUUGUAUGCACUUUAUGUCUUCAGCUUCAAGCAGACUGUCAAAGUACUCAAGAGUAUGCCCUCUUUCUGCAUUCUGGCUUUUAGCUAUGUCUUUUGUGGAAAGCUGAAAGAAGAUAUCGGAGCUCUUAUUUUGCAGCCUGUAAUGGGCCUAAAAAAUAAAGAUUACAAAGAGCUGAGGAAAAGAAAGUUUAAAGAAUUGGAAGAAUGGUUAUUGGAGAAGUACAUCGAUUUCGUGGAGUCAAUAUGGCCCUAUUAUUGUCGGACUAUCAGAUUUUUAAAGAGGGCAAAUCUCAUUUGAAUUUGAAAAUUUUCUUGAGGGUGGUCCUAGUAAAGGCUAGAGCGAGCUGGAAGGAGAUGAGCUGAUAUUGUGUUGGGAGAAUUUUUUGAAUAGAGCUCCAUUUUGUUUUGGGGUCUAGGUGUUUGAUAAAGUUGAUGAUGAAUAGUAAAUUCCUGAAUGUGUCAUCAUCCCAACAUUGUCAUUAUAUUCUUGGAUGAGGUUGUAUCGAUCGUUGAAUCGAAGCAUGUGUCCCGAGGUAUUGCCAUGAUAUUGAUUUCCUUUCAUGGUUGACAACUAGAGGGCCCACGGUGAUUUCCUAUUUUGGAAACAUUAAUUAAGGUCCGAUUUAUUUGUAGUAAGUAUAGUUACAGUAAACCAAAUCAGUAAAAGAAUAUGUUUAGAUUGUUUUA